AUGAACCUCCUAAAAUACCUCUCCCUAACCCUCCUCGCCCCCGUGGCCCUCGCCUCCUCUCCCUCCCUCGACAUCAAAACAACCAAAUCCGUCUCCUGCACCCGCAAAACCCAACCCGGCGACACAGUCCAAAUGCACUACCGCGGUGCCCUGGCCGACGGCAACGAAUUCGACUCCAGCUAUAAGCGUCACGCGCCGUUGGUGUUUCCCGUGGGGAAGGGGGUUGUUAUUAAGGGAUGGGAUCAAGGAUUACUCGACAUGUGCGUUGGAGAGAAACGGACGCUGACUAUUCCGCCCGAGUAUGGGUAUGGGAGUCGGGGGGUGGGUCCGAUUCCGGGGGGUGCGACGUUGGUGUUUGAGACGGAGUUAGUGGGGAUUGAGGGGGUUGAUAAGGAUGAACUUUGA